UGAGCGGAUCCGGGUGGCCCCCGCGUCCCGGAGUGGUCAGGUGCCCCGACGCCCCAAGCCCAGGGCUUUGCUUUUGCCAUGACCGAGCGGCACGGGGGCCUGGGGACCCGCCUGGCUCGCCGCCUGGCCCGGCUAAGGGUCUGGAGGGAGCGCGGGGGGAAGCGGACCCCGGAGGAGGCCAGAGCCCGGGAUAGGCCCUUGAGUGGCCAGAGCUGCCCUGACCUGGCCCAUGGCCAGGGCAGCACCAGUGAUGUCAGCCUCAAGGCCCAAGCCCAGAGCUACUCAGAAUGGGACCUUCAAGCAGGGAGCCGUGGUUCCUGGCUUUGGAAGCGACAACACAGCUCAGGGGGCCCCUCUCAACUCCUGGGGCGCCUACAGAGGCCAACUGUGGGCAGUGCCUCUGACCUGGCCAACUAUGCCUCCAGCGGGCUGGAGAGUCUGGCACUGGCAGCAGAGCCUUCUGGUGUCAGGUGCCCCUCAUGCCCAGUGCUAGCACCUGGAUGUCUGCAGGAGGGAACCCCAGGCUGUGCCUGCCCCAGGUCCCCAUACAGAACCCCAGAGGUUCCUCUGGGGCCUGAGCCACAAGCCAACCUGAAAGACGUGCUGCCCCACCCAGCAACCUUCCCCAAGGUAGAAGGGGCAAAGGGCGAGUCUGCCACCCCAGGGCCAGUCCUGCCAGAGUCAGCCCAGAGCCUACAUGAGCGUCCGUCUGCCAGGAGGACCCGCUACCACAUCACCAUCAUCCUGCGGGGGUGUGGGGAGGCACCUGGGGAGGAGGCGGAGGAGCCCAAACCGGCCGGACCAGCUCUCUAUCCCUGUGGCCCUGAGGAAUCCUGGGGCUGGCAGGAGCCUCCCCACGGGCCCCACCCCAUCACGGGGUGCCUGACCAGCCCGCCCAAGGAGCCCCAGCUGAGAGCCCCACUGCAUCAGGAGAGUACAGCCCAUUGGCAGGAGCUCCAGGCCCGCUGCACACCCGGGUCCCUAAACAGACGGGAGCUGGGCCACAGUGAGCCAAGGACCCCUCAGGACAGGUUGCUGGGGCCCAACAUGGAGGAGGCAGGUGGGCCCCUGACUCGGGCUGAGGCCCGAGUGGUGAGUGCCACACUGACAUGGCGGCAGCGGCCCCCUGCCCAAGAAGAGAUCAGACACCAUUUUCACAAGGUGUCCCUGGUGUCAGGGGCCCAGAUGGAUGCCCCCUGGGAGGAGAUGUUUGAGUACCGUCACCGUCAAGAGGAAGUCAAUGGCUUUGCUCCACGGGAAGAGACUGUGAAUUACCAGGGACCACGGUACGAGGCUGGCUCCAAGAGCUUCCAGACCCAUGGGCCUAUCUUUUCCAAGAAGUACACCCCACCCCCCAAGGAGAAGAGGCCAGUGGGGAGGCUAAAGGAGACUGUUGAACAGGGUGAUGGCAGCCCCCAAGACUCCAGGACUGAGCCACCAAGCCCAGGAGCCAUGGCCAGAACUGACCUUUUGGUGCCCCUGCCUGGGCCCCGUGAGCCGAGCCCCCACCCACGUGUGAGUCUCACCAGUGGGAGGCCCCAGAGCCCAGAGGAACUGCGGGUGACUCGCACCGUGCGGACCACCAUGGUGGUGGGUGGGCACGUGGACCGACGAGUGAACAGUUCUGUGACCGUGGGGCCAACGCUCUCAGGCAAGGCCCUGCCAAGGGGCCGCAAUGCUGCCCACGCAGUACGGGUGGUGGUGGUGAGCCCCCGGGCUGAGAACUCUCCCAGCCGCAGUCAGGCCCUAGAGCUGCUAAGUAGCCUUGUGCCGGCUGAGCGUAGCCCACCUGCUAGCCAGCUCCCCAGGUCUAUAGCUGUUGUGCCAAGGAGUCCAGUUCUGGGCAGCACAGUGGGGGCAGGCAUAGGGACAGUAGAACCAAGGGACAGAUCUGCCCUGGCCCUUGCAGGCGUCCCAGAGGAUGCUCGCCCACCUCAGAACCAGGAUGUCUCUGUAACCAACCUGGACCAAGACCAGGGCAGCGUCCCAGAUGCCAGGGCCCAUGAGGUCUCAAGGGUGCAGGGAGUGUCCAGCCCCACCCAGGCCCUUCUCCAGAUUCCUCAGGGCCAGGCACCGGUUCCCUCCUCUCCCAGACACCAGACCCAAAUCCUGUCUCUGGGCCCUGUCCACCCCCCGCAGCAGCCUGUGGUGCCCACUCCUCUCCCCGAGGCCCAGCUCACCCUUGAUUCCAGGACUCCCCAGGCACCGCCCUCUGUAAAAAGGGAAAAGCUCAUGGAACCCCCAGCUGCCACCAUCCUGCCCACAGUGAGGAGCGAGCCUGUUACAGUCCCUGGACAACCUCCUGCUCCAUCCUCUGUGAGAAGAAAGGCUGCCCCCAGCCCAGGAGGUCUUUCUUCUCCAUCCUCCCCAAGGAAUGAAGUUGUGCAGGACCCUGAAAAUGUCCCCAUCUUCUCCCCGACCCAGGAAGAAGUAGUGCAGAGCCCUGGUGCUCCUGCCUCCUCUUCCUCCACACCAACCAAGGUUGUCCGGGGCCCAGAAGGCAGCCCUAGCACCCCAAGGAAGGUUACCCAGGGUACUGAAGGCAGCCUCUCCCCUCCCCUCCCGAAGGAUGAGGCUGUUCAAGGCCUGACUGCUCCUGCUCUCCCAUCCCCCAAAGAGGACAAGGUGAUCCAGGGCUCUGAAGGGAGCCCCGUCUCAUAUACUCCCCAAAAAGAAGGUGCCCAGGGCCCUGGUGCUUCUGAUGCCCUAUUUUCCACCCAGAAAGUGGUCAUCCAUGGCCCUGCAGGUCUCCUUGACCCCUCUUCAGUGGGCGAGGUGUCCCUCAGCUCAGGAGGCCCCCCUUCCCCAGUGCCAAUGGGAGAAGAGGCCAGCCCAGAGGCUCAGCCUGUCCCUGACUCCAGUGAGGGAAAGGUGCUCCCAGAGCUAGCAAGGGAGGAUGAGGUGGCCCUGGCCACUGACCUGGAGAUCUUCCUGGAUACACUGCGCAGCAUGGAGCCCCCUGAGAUCCUCCGCACUCACCGGCUGCCUCGAGCCCCCCGUUCCUCCUCCCUGGCCAUGUAUGCUACCCUGCCCGCCAUCAAGGAGGACCAGCCCGGACCAUGGGUGCUGGGAACCAGCCCCCAGGAGGUGCCUGACCUGGAAGAGAAGGAGCAGGAAGAGGAAGAAGAACCAGAGAACCCCUACCUGAGCGAUGAUGAGAAACUCCAGCGAAGGCAGGAGAAGGCUCAGUCCAGCCUCUCCUGGGAGUCCCGUCCUGCCAGGCCUCCCCAGAUCUCCUGCUCUCCACUGGAGAUGAUGAGGAGGCAUGUAGCAGGUGCCAAGGGCCCCCACGCAGAGCUGGCGCUAGAAUGGCAGGCAGGUAGCCGGCCUACUUCCCGUCUUGGAGGCAGCCUUCUCUUUGGUGGUCUGGUGCCUGCCACCAAGGACAUCCCCACCUUGGAACCACUGGGCACAAAACUAUCUUCUCUGCCACCCCAUGGGGCACCAGGGCUCAGGAAGGUGCCAGGACAGCUGCCCCUGCUCUGCAGUGCAAGGCCCCCACCAGAGAAGCCGGCAUGUGUCUGGCCCCUGGAGGAGUGGAGCCCAGCACUGAAGAUCCAGGGCAAGCUGAACACUAGGCCUGGGAAGAUGAUCCUCUUCUCAGAGGCUGGCUGCCAAGGCAGCAGCAGGGAGGUCUGGGAAGACACGGUCGAUACCUCCAGCUGGGACCACGUGGCCUCUGUGAGGGUGGUUCGAGGCUGCUGGGUGCUGUAUGAAGAGUCAGAGUUCCGGGGCCGAAAGCUGGUCCUGCCUGAAGGAGAUGUGGAACUCAGAGUCCUGGGAUCGGCGUGGAGCACCCAAGGCAUUGGCUCCCUGAGGAGGGUUGUCCGGACCUACAUUACCCCAGAGAUCACCCUGUACUCUGAGGAGGGCCUUAAUGGGGAGCAAAUAAAGCUAACUGAGGCCUUGGAGGACCCUCAAAGCCUAGAGAGGACCCUGCAGGUGGCGUCUGCCACAGUCUCGGCAGGACUGUGGCUGCUGUACCCCAAACCCUCCUUUGAGGACACUCCCUGCAUCCUGGAACCUGGAGAGUACCCCACCUCAGAGUCCUGGGGUACCUCAGACCCCAGCGUGGGCUCCCUAAAGCCCAUGAGAUUGGGCUGCCCAAGCGUGGAGAGACCAGGGGAGCCCAAGGCUGUGGUGUAUGAGGCCCCAGACUUUCAGGGCCGCAGCUGGGAAUUGUGUCGAGACAUCUACAACCUUCAGCAGCCAGAGGACAGCCAGAGCCCCCACCUGGCCUCUGUGGGGUCCCUUCGAGUUCUUGGGGGCUGCUGGGUGGGCUACGAGAAGGAGGGCUUCCGGGGCCACCAGUAUCUGCUGGAGGAGGGGGAAUACACUGACUGGACACACUGGGGAGGCUAUGACGAGGUGCUCACCUCCCUCCGGGUCAUCCGGACGGAUUUCGGGGACCCGGCCAUCGUGCUGUUUGCGGCCACGGACUUCGAGGGGCAUGGUGUGGAGGUGAGCGAGGCAUUGCUGGACGUGGAGCUGGCACGACACGGCCCCCGCACGCAGGCUAUCCACGUGCUCAGCGGCGUGUGGGUGGCCUACGAGAAGGUGGGCUUCUCCGGCGAGCAGUACGUGUUGGAGAAGGGCGUGUACCGCAACUGCGACGACUGGGGGGCGGGCAACAGCGCCCUCGCCUCGCUGCAGCCGGUCCUGCAGGUCGGGGAGCACAAUCUACACUUUGUCUCAAAGAUUCAGCUUUUUUCCGGCGCCGACUUCCUGGGUGACCACUUCUCCUUCGAGGAUGAUCAGGCCUCCCUACCCACUUCCUUCCAGCCCCAGUCCUGCCGUGUCCACGGAGGCAGCUGGAUUCUAUUUGAUGAGAAGAACUUCGAGGGUGACCAGCACAUUCUCUCCGAGGGCGAGUUCCCCACUCUCACAGCCAUGGGCUGCCUAGCCUCCACAGUCCUGGGCUCUCUCCGGAAGGUACCCCUGCACUUUUCAGAGCCCUCCAUUUCCCUGUACGGCCUGGAGUGCUUCGAGGGGAAGGAGAUCGAGCUCGACGGGGAGGUGCGGAGCCUGCAAGCCCAGGGCUUCAACAACCACGUGCUGUCCGUGCGGAUCAAGGGGGGCGUCUGGGUGCUGUGUGAGCACAGUGACUUCCGGGGCCGCCAGUGGCUGGUGGGCAGCUGCGAGAUCACCAACUGGCUGACCUACAGUGGGACCCAGAGGGUGGGUUCGCUCUACCCCAUCAAGCAGCGCCGGGCGUAUUUCCGCCUCUGGAACGCAGCACUGGGGGGAUUCCUGGCUGUGCCAGACCAUGUAGAAGAUAUGAAGGCGGGCCGUGUGGUGGUCGCAGAGCCCCGAGCUGGAGGCAGCUGCAUCUGGUACUACGAGGAUGGGCUGCUGAAGAGCCAGGUUGCCCCUACUAUGAGCCUGCAGGUGAUUGGACCCCCCAGCACAGGCUCUAAGGUGGUGCUGUGGGCUGACAGCCGCCUGCCUCGCCAGACGUGGAGCAUCAGUGAAUCAGGCCACGUCUGCAGCGAGAUGUUUGAAGGCCAGAUCCUAGAUGUGAAGGGUGGCCAGGGCUAUGACCGAGACCACGCAGUGCUGUGGGAGCUGGCCAAGGACAGGGUGUCCCAGAUCUGGACCAUCCAUGUGCUUUGACCCCACGCCUCCCCUCCAGCCCUGGAGGCUUUCCCUGGGAUGCAAUGUUUUUAUAGGUCUUUUUGUUGUAAUAUAAGCUUUUUCUAAUAUGC